AUGACUGUUUCUGUGUGGGUGUGGCUACGUGGGGAAUUUCUUCUAGAGUCGUUUCUACCUCUGGAUUUCUCGACAACAGCGUCGCCAUCGUCGGCUUCACCACGCAACGAGGAUUCCCCAGGUCCAUCGACCGCGAUCGAUGGUGCGCAUGCGCUUAUCGAUGAGUGUCAGGCGAGGAACUGGGAUCGUCUAAGUGUGCUGGAAUGGUCCAAUAUUGUCGACGAGAUAGGGCUGGACAACACGCUCAGCGAAGCGGUUUACCGGAACGCUUCUGGCGACGAAGCUAAUGCUACACUUUCCUGCCUCUCUCUACAUAUGCUCCUCGUUGGCCUCGAAUACUUCUCCUAUGAAGCCGAUGAAGCGAUUGCAAUCCGAGGAGAUGUGGUAACAGCGAUGGUACAUCAACAGAUGGGUGAGUUUCCUGGAUUUCUUCCAAGUCCUGGACAUAAAUUAGACCAACUUUUAGAUGAAUUCAUUGGAGUGCUUUGCCGCUGCGCUCUCGGUUGUUCCCGAACGGCUUUGAAAAACGAUCGUCUUCGCUUCUCUAAUCAACAGCUGAAGAAGCUUACCAACUCAAUAGACCUGCUCUUCGAAGGGAUGAUGGAGGACGACGAGGCGGAUGAGCAUCACGAUGAGAUCGUGAAAGCAUCAGAUAUCAUCCAGAAGCUUUGGCUCGAAGACAAUGAGGUGAGUACUCAGAAAAACUAA